AUGCAGGCGCCCGUCGCCACGACAAGCAGCAGCAAGUGGCCGAAGCUGUGGGAGGGCCAGACUCUCAAGGGAGAAGCAACCAAAGCGGUCGAUCCCUCCGCUAGCUGGUUCGUUCGCCACAGGCGGCUCGUAGGCUUCGUUGUCCCGGGCCUGAUCGCGCACAUCAUCUGGUGGAGCUACGCCGCCACGCACCCGUCGACCUUCGACCUCUUCACCGAUGUCACUGCGGACACGCCCAACUGGUACAUGUGUGUCACCAUGGCCUUCGGGUCGAUGGUCGCAGGGGCCACAAGCGAGGGAGGCGCGUCGGUGGCCUUCCCGAUCAUGACCCUGGCGUUCGGCAUCGCCCCAAUAGUGGCCCGGGACUUCAGUUUCAUGAUCCAGAGCGCCGGCAUGACCGCCGCCGCGGCAACUAUCGUCAUAAUGCAGGUGCAAGUCGAGAUGCACUCCCUGCUGUGGGCCACCGUGGGAGGCGUGGCCGGCAUCAUCCUGGGGCUGGAGGAGGUUGCCCCGAGGCUGGAGCCGGCGUACUCCAAAAUGUUCUUCGUCUCCACCUGGGCCGCGUUCGCGUGUUCGCUCUUCUGGCUUAACCGGCUCAUGGGCCGCCGAGUGUUCCUCUCCAUCCCCAACUGGGAGGAAGGCGUCCUCUGGGAGGUGGAACUCCCUGCGGUCAAGCUCGGAGUCUCCGUGAACUGGAAGGCGUGCGUGCUCUUCCUGUGCGGGUUCGUGGGGGGCAUCUUCAGCGCCAUUUCCGGCAGCGGCAUCGACAUCUGCACGUUCUCGAUCCUCACGCUCCUCUUCCGGGUAACCGAAAAGACGGCCACUCCCACCAGCGUCGUGCUCAUGGCCAUCAACACCCUCGUCGGCUUCAUGUACCGGCAGCUGGCCAUGGGAGGCGUCGAGCCCGAGGCUGUCAGGUUCUUCACCGUCUGUGUUCCCGUCGUCGUUAUCGGCGCUCCGCUUGGUUCUCUGCUAGGGUCCCACCUUCACCGCCUGGUGCUGGCGGCUAUGAUCUACAUCACGGACGGCGUGCAGUUCAUCGGCGCCCUCGUCAUCGUGAGGCCGUGGUCGUACCACAGGACGACCACCCCGCUGAAGCUGUCGCUCUCCUCGGCCGCAAUCCUUGUAGUCGGCAGCAUCGUCUUUUACCUCCUCGCCAGAACGGGCGGCCGUCUGCUUGACAACUUCGAGAGCCGGGAGAAGGCGGCCAUCGAGCAGUCAGGAGACGAGAAGGUGGCCGGAGGCAGGAGUGCGGGUGGUUACUCCCACCAGAUUCACAGGACCCCUGGAGGUUCCGCCGCGGUGUAGGGGUUAUUUGGUGGGCCACCCGACCCGCAGCAGUCUUGUCCGCGCACUGGCUGCGAGGGUGGGAAAGGGCUGCGGGAGAAACAUCAGAAAGUCACGCGUGGACAUGAAGGCCACGCCAUGUGUUGUGCUUGUGGUGUUCGGCCAAUCCAACGGUGUUGCAGGUUGAGGGCGGUAGUCGGAGUGCGCUUGGUUGGAAGCGUUCGCUGCUGUUGGUGCUUAGAUGCGGCGAUGGUUAUGUCUUGCUUUUGUUUGGAGUUUGAUUGCCAUGUGUUGUGAUUGCGUGUGGGGCCUAGGCGUGUGCCAGCGACACACGUGAGUCGUGCAAUAGCGGUGAUAUAUGAAUGCUAGCGUGCAGUGUGUAGUGGUUUGGAGACCAUGCACUUGCGCGUGCGUUGUCUUGUUUGGGGAUUUGUAGGGGUGCUUUCCGUUCGGUGAGCAACACCGAGCAGCAGCAGCAACAUGGAGAAUACACCGAAACUUUAGCAGCAACACGUACAGUGUUGGCCCUCCCACUUUGUACAUUCGUUUGGCAAUCGACCGUCUAUCGUCGAGGCUGUGUAACUUGAGCGGUGCCCUGCGUCUCCUCACCGUCCAUGGUUGUUUCGUUGCUUUAAUCGUGUUUUCGGAGUUCGUCCUCACGGGGCCCCCUGCAGAUUGGAGGCGGCAACCACCCCGCGUUCCGUCAGGCGUAACAUUCUGAGAGUGAGAUGUAAUGUGACUGGGAGGCGGGAGUGUGUACACCGACGAAGUUGCCACAGAACAUUAACCUCUCUUGCGUGCUGUCGGGGCAGAACAAAGGUGCCUACGAGCGUGUUUCGAGGUAACGCCAAUGAUUUUUCCCCUGAUUCAUCCGUGGGUGUAUGUUGGUCGUCUUUUUCUGCACGCUUGUCGUUUUUCUGCAUGCUUGUCGUUUUUCUGCACGCUUGUCGUUUUUCUUCACACGUGCCAGUACAGGCGGCGUGUGUAGGCGGUGUUCGAUUUGGCUACAUGUGGGUCGACUUGCAGGGUGGUGCAUUUGGCGGCAAGGAUGAGGCGGUGCAAGCGACAGGGUUGUGCAGAGGGGCGUUUCGCGGUCUCGGUGAUGGCAUUUAUCGUAGGUUUUGGUCCGUGGCGCUUGGUUGAGUAGCACCGUUGCAGGGAAAUCGUUGAGUAGGUUGAUGGUUUGUUUUGGUAGGCAUUCGUCCGUAGCACUUCGUGAAUUAACACCGUUGACUGAUCAUGUGCUUCGUGCGUACUGUUAUUGCGUUAUUUAGUACCAUAGGUUCAUGCGCAGGGUAUUUCCAUUCUGCGCGUGCUUGCAUAUAUAUAUUUAUUUCCCGAGGUAGAGUCUGAGCCAUAGGCUCGCGCGAAGGUUUUCGUGAUUGAUACACCCAUGGUUUCGGCUACAUCUGGUUCGAUUGGCAGGGUGGCGCUUUUCGCGGUAUGGAUGAAGCGAUGCCAUGAACAAGGUCGUGCAGAGGGGCGUUUCUCGGUACAUGACGGUGACAGCAUUUGAUGUAC